CCAUGGCCCAUUACGAAGAAGUAAAUGUGCGCGGGUAUGCUGAAUUCUGUCAGGCUGUGUCUGAAAGAAAGGGAAAGGAUAUUUUUGCUUAUUUCUCUGGUGAUAAAGACGCCCAAGGGAAGAGCUGGUGUCCAGAUUGUGUGAAAGCUGAGCCAGUUGUAAGAGGAGAGAUGACUCAUCUUCCCGAGGGUUCUGUCUUCAUCUACUGUCAAGUUGGAGAAAGAGCUUAUUGGAAGGAUCCAAAUAAUGACUUCAAGAAGACUCUGAAGUUGAGUGGAGUUCCCACCCUACUGAGAUAUGGCACGCCUCAGAAGUUGGUGGAGGAGGAAUGCUUCAAAGCAGAACUGGUGAAGAUGAUGUUCACUGAGGACUGAUUGAUCCCAUGCCG